GAGGCGAGUCCAGCGGGAGUCCCCCUCUCUUUCCUUUUGAGUUGUGUUGUCCCUUUUCACCAUUUAAUGGUCCAUCCAAUCCUCACCGUCAGAUCCCAUCUUCCUCUUUCAUAUCCACCGUCCGAUCACCUUUCCUUUCCUCUUCUUUUCUUUUUCUUUUUUCUUUUUUUUUUUUCAAACAAUUUGGGGAACUUUGAAGUUCGAAGUUGAAGGAAGAGGAACAACCCUAAGAAGCUGAAGCGGGAGCUACUACAAUCAUUCACACUGAACUAGAUCGCUCUGUUUCUCUCUCAAUUUUGCUGUGAUAAUUCAGAGUCAGACACUUUAACUUUACCCUCCCAAAUGCUACCAAAUUUUCUAGAUUUAAUUUGAUUUGAUUGGAGCUCCUUUUCCAUGGACCGCAAGAUCACCCCCUUGCACGCUUGUACUUGGGAGUUCGAGUUCGAAUUUUGGGGGGAGAAUCAGGAAUGGUGAAGGAAUUUGAAGCAAAGCACAGUUCCCCAAAAUAUUAUAUUUAUUGUUGUUCUUUCUUCAAAAAAAUUUUGCCCAGUUCAAGUAGUCCCUGCCAAUUUAAUAGUGGAGCUUCAUCGUGGCAGGGGAGAGCAACAAAUUUAUACUACUAUUCAAGUAGGCACAAGUUACCCCGUUUUGGUGGUCUUCCCUAGUCAAUUUAAACCAUGGCAAUUGCUUACUGUUUGUGAAUCGUAAAAGCAAAGCAAUGGUGUGAGUGAGGCCUGUGGCAAUUCUGCAUCGUAACACAAGAUUGACCAACCAUGGAAACAAAUGGAAUUGUUCAUGAUGGUAGUAUAGGAGGGGCUAGGAGAGAAGAGAGAGAGAUAGGGGACAAAUCAGUGGAAGAUUUAGCUAAAUAUGCACAUAGUCCUGCCCACUUGGCUGUUGCCAGGCGCGACCAUGUUGCCUUACAGCGCAUUGUUUCCACCCUGCCUAGGCUUGCCAAGGCUGGUGAGGUGAAUACAGAGGCUGAAUCUCUUGCCGCUGAGCUUCGAGCUGAUGAGGUCUCUGCAGUUAUUGAUCGACGUGAUGUUCCUGGUAGGGAGACCCCUCUUCACCUUGCAGUACGUCUCAGAGAUCCAAUCUCUGCUGAGAUAUUGAUGGCUGCAGGCGCAGAUUGGAGUCUUCAGAAUGAGAAUGGUUGGAGUGCUCUCCAAGAAGCAGUGUGCACCAGGGAGGAAGCAAUUGCCAUGAUUAUCGCGCGGCAUUAUCAACCUCUGGCUUGGGCUAAAUGGUGUCGUAGACUUCCCCGCAUCAUUGCUUCGGCAGCUCGCAUACGUGACUUUUAUAUGGAGAUAACUUUCCAUUUUGAGAGCUCUGUCAUUCCUUUUAUUGGACGCAUAGCUCCUUCAGACACAUAUCGCAUCUGGAAGCGUGGUUCUAAUCUUCGUGCUGAUAUGACACUUGCUGGUUUUGACGGUUUACGCAUCCAACGAUCAGACCAGACAUUUUUGUUUCUUGGAGAUGGAUAUGCUUCUGAGGAUGGUAAUGUAACUCUGCCACCUGGUUCUUUGAUUGCUCUUUCUCAUAAAGAAAAGGAAAUAACAAAUGCUUUGGAAGGUGCUGGUACACAACCAACAGAAGCUGAAGUUGCUCAUGAAGUUUCCUUGAUGUCUCAGACAAAUAUGUAUAGGCCGGGUAUUGAUGUUACGCAGGCUGAGCUUAUUCCCCAUUUAAAUUGGAGGCGCCAAGAGAAGACUGAGAUGGUUGGGAACUGGAAGGCAAAAGUUUAUGACAUGCUUCAUGUGAUGGUUAGUGUGAAAUCAAGACGGGUGCCAGGUGCUAUGUCAGACGAAGAGCUUUUUGCUGUGGAGGAUGGAGAAAGUAUGAUAAAUGGGGAAAACAAUGAUGAGUAUGAUGAUGUAUUGACUGCUGAGGAAAGAAUGCAACUGGAUUCUGCACUACGUAUGGGGAAUCCUGAUAUGGUGUGUGAUGAUGAGGAACAUGGAGACAGUCAAGAAAAUGGCUCAGCAGCUACCUUUGAGAAUCCUGAAGGCAAUGGUGUGGUUAAAGAGAAGAAGAGUUGGUUUGGUUGGAACAAGAAAAACAUCAAGAGUAGCAGUGAUGAUCCUGAGGAGUCAAAAACUUUGAAGAAAGUUUCGAAGUUUGGCUCAGAAGGUAGCAACCAGAAGUCAAGUGAUCAGCAAAAGUCAGCAUCUGACUUGAAGGAAGAUAGUGGAGACACUAGGAAGGGAAAAGACAAAAGCAAUAAGAAGAAGAAGAAGAAAGGAACAGCUGCUGAGUCUAAGAAUGAGAGUGAGUAUAAAAAAGGUUUAAGACCUGUCUUGUGGUUAACACCAGAUUUCCCUUUGAAAACGGAUGAGCUUUUGCCUCUACUUGACAUCUUAGCAAAUAAGGUUAAGGCUGUUAGAAGACUGAGGGAGCUUUUGACAACUAAGCUUCCUCUUGGAACUUUUCCCGUCAAGGUUGCUAUCCCAAUAGUCCCUACCAUUCGGGUUCUCGUCACCUUUACAAAGUUUGAGGAGCUUCAGCCAACAGAGGAGUUUUCAACUCCACUCUCCAGCCCAGCACAUUUCCAGGAUGCGAAAUCCAAGGAACCGGAGGGUUCAACAUCGUGGAUUUCAUGGAUGAAAGGAAGUCGCGGAGGGCAGUCCAGCGACUCCGAUAGUCACAGAUACAAAGAUGAAGUUGACCCUUUCAACAUACCUUCGGACUACAAAUGGGUGGAUGCCAAUGAGAAGAAACGCAGAAUGAAGGCUAAGAAAGCCAGAAGUAAGAAAAAUAAGAAGCAGACAGCAGCAAGAGGUAGUGAGGGUGGUGCUUUGCAUCAAGGAACUGAAGACCUUGAAGAAUAAUAGUAACAACAUGGAUUCACGGUCUCUGGGUAUAUUUCCACUUUGAUAAUUGUUGCACAAAGAGUCUUUUUUUGUGCAAACAGCCACAGCUGACUUUCUCAUUCUGCAUUGGAUUGUUUCUCCAAGAAUAUUCUACUAGAGAUUUCUUGGGCAACCAAUUGUUUGUUACUAGCUAAGAAAAAUGUGCCUUUAUUUUUUUAUUUCUUCUCAAGUUUGGCGAAGAAAGCUUUUUCUUCUAGAAAUUGUUGUAUUGUCAUGUGAAGUGAAAAUUGAAGAGGAAGAGUUUAUACUCCUCCUUCAAUCGCGUGGCUUCAUUCUAAUUUUCAUUAGUCACCAAUAUUUGUAUCUACACCUAUGUCAAUGAUUAUCUAGAUUACACUUUUGAGAGUGGCAUUCUCUUCA